UGGCGCAGAGAGGUAGUUACAAAACUAUGUUGUGUUUGAUUUUGUCAAUUUAUCUGAACCAAUAAACCGAAAACACAAUCAAUUACAGGAAGGGCUACACAGCAGACAUUACUUGAGAUAACAGUUGCUCUUAACAUGGGAACAACAUGCACUCGGAGCGCUAUGAAUGAGCUUGAUGACUCUGUGCAACAUCUCAGUAUUUCCUCUGCAGUCAUGCCAGCGCCAGUGGAGAAAACCAAAAAGCAACGAAGGAAAGGAAAACAUCGCAAAAAGACUAACCAAAAAGAAAGGACUUUCAUAGAGAAAGCCUGUGAUGAUGGGAGACAAGAUGUUCAUAUACCCAAAUAUUCUUUAUCUGCUGAUGGGUGCAUGUCUGAAGGACAAUUGCAAGAUGUUGAUAACACAAGAUGCAGUGAGACACCACAACAAGAUGAACCAAGAACAGCGAGUGCCUGUGAGACACCACAACAAGAUGAACCAAGAACAGCGAGUGCCUGUGAGACACCACAACAAGAUGAACCAAGAACAGCGAGUGCCUGUGCUUGUGGAAACAUUGAACCUGUGCAAUUACCUGAUUAUGCAACAGGCGCUAUUCCUAAGAAACAUAAAAGUGUAAAGACAGAGAGCUCUAAAAAGCCUCAAACUAACGAUGUUGAUCAGAGCGCACUGAAUGAUGGAGCUGCAAUACGUCAUGAUUCAGGACAAACCCUGGGAACCUCUGCUGCAGUGAAAAGCAAUGAGGAACAAAAGGAAUCAAAGACGAUGACUUCAAGCAGUCAGCCUUUAUCUCUUGAAGAACUUGCAGUCUAUUCUACAGCAGGGAGUGAAGUGGAGUUGUUACCACAAAGGAAUCCAUCAUCAAUAAUGCCAAUACAAGGUGUUCAGCAGAUUGCAGCAAAAGUUGCAGGCAGGAAUAAUGUUAUUGUUUCUAUAAACAAUAGUCCAGGAGCUACAAUUAAUCUCACUAGACCAACAGACACAAGACAGCCCUGCUAUGAAAGCAACGAGUUGGAAUCUUUCGGAAACUCGGGAACAAAAAGUGGGGAGUUGUAUAUGAAUGAGAUACUUGCACCCGACAUGCAGACCAACAAUGAAGGUAGCAGUGCUGCUGAUAGGUGUAGCAAGGCUUCUGAUAUGUGUGAACGUCAACUAAAAACAAGGUACAUGACCACAGGUAGAUAUAUUGAGACAGUGCCCCGACGUGAAGACCAUAAGCGAGAUAUGGAGGAAAUUUAUACAAAUCUCCAAUGGACACAUGGCAAAUCACAGUCAAGCGGGUAUACUUUCCUCACAACGUGCGAGCUCGGUCCUAAACGGAUCAUUGUAGCUGGAACAGCUGGAUUGGGCAAGUCUACCCUUUUGUGUAAAAUAGCAUAUGAUUGGGCAACAGGAGACGAAACACUAUCCAAAUAUAAAGUUGUUUUCCUUCUCACAUUGCAUUCAUUGGACGAAACAUCGCAGCUUGUUGAAGCAAUUUUUGUCCAGCUCUUAGAUCAUGACACGGAUGUAAAUCCAUCUGAUCUAGUGGCAUUUAUUCGAAAGGAACCACAAAAGGUGUUGGUUCUUUUGGAUGGCUUUAAUGAGCUUAUGACAUCUAACAUCUAUGAUGAAAACCCUGGUUCUAUCCUACAACUUCUGAACCGAAAGAUAGGCAGAGAAUGUUAUGUUCUCAUAACAACCCGUCCCUCACACAUGAAGGACCUGGUCCAUGAGUCUCUGAUUCAAAGGCCAUAUACUCGCAUUGAUGUUUUAGGGUUUGCCUCCCAGGAUAUUGACAAGUACGUAAAGGGAUAUUUCCCAAAGGUACAUGAUGAUGAUAAAGCUGACCAGUUGCUGUCGAGAAUUAAAUCCCAAGAUGUCCUUUAUGAUAUGGCAAAGCGACCAAUGUUUCUGCUGUUAAUGUGUUUGUUGUGGGGAGAAAAAAAUGAACUCCCUGACACAGUGGCAAGUUUAUACAAGACAGCAAUGAAUAAUGUAUUUAAACGUAAGUCAAAGAAAGCAGCGUCUACAAAUUUAUCAUCUGACGUUUUGACUAAAAUUGGAGAAAUUGCUUUACGUGGUCUUCUUGAUCCGAAGAUAAUGGCUUCAUUUCAAGAAAAAGAUUUUGAGAGCAAUCCAGGUCUACUUGAAGAAGCCAUGCAGGCAGGUGUCUUUACGAGUAAAGAAACUGUUACGGCUGCCGAUGUCCAGACUAGCAUAGAGUUCAUACAUGGAACAAUACAUGAGUAUUGUGCUGCUUUGUACAUCCAGAGCUUGGUUGCUAACCAUGACAAAUUCAAACAAACUCUACAGAAGGUCAAAAGUCUAACAAAAGACAAUCCCAUGAGUUUUGAGUAUCUGUUUCGAUUUUGUUGUGUCAAUGCUGAAUGUAUGAUUGCAGUUCUGCAGAUGUUGCAAGAUUGCCAAGAUCACAGGUUGGGUCUCCAAUGUUAUUUUGAAUGUCAAUCAGAUGAGUUGCCACCAGUUGGUUUUAUCAAUUCCGUUAUUUCCGACAGCGUUACCAUUAGCUGCUGGAACAACGAUUGCAUCAAAGCAUUCCUGCACUUUCUGCAACAAAUUGCUGACCAGAAAAAGGUAGAGGAUAAUAUUUACCUCGACAAAGUGCAAACAUUGAAGAUGAUUACGUGUAACUUGUUCAAUUUCAGUCCUCAACUUGCACGGUGCAUUGACAAAAUGACAAGUAUUACGGUUUUACACUUAACUGGAUGCUCCUUAACUUCCAACACUAUGAAACCUAUUGCAAAGUCACUUGGCAAAUCGCACUUGGUUGAACUUGACUUGUCAUGGAACAAAGGUUUACGGGAUUCCAUACAGUUGUGGUUUUCUAGUUUACAACGUGUUCGGAAGCUGGUCUUGAAAUCGUGUUCUUUGACCGGUAAUGAUAUACAGCACAUUGCUGUUUCUCAGAAGGAAAUGUCUACCAUAGUUGAACUAGAUUUGUCAGGAAAUCCAGAUGCGUUUGCCUCUGAAGAGUCUGUAUUGCUAUUCUGCUAUGGUUUGGAGAACCUGACUUGCCUUAGUAGCCUGACAUUAGAAAGCUGCUCUAUAACAGGUACAAGUUUUCAAAAUGUUGCUAAUGCACUGGGUCAAAUAAAAACACCCGUACUUGCUGAGCUAAAUUUGACUGGAAAUGCAAAGCUGGGUGGAUCUGCAGAACUAUGGUCUCUGUGUUUGAAGGAAUUGAAACGCGUGGAAAAAAUGAAUUUCCGUUGCUGUUCAAUUGAAGCUGGCGAUGUCAGUAGUAUAUUAGCAAGUGGUAUGCCUUCUCUGUUGUGUCUGAAAUUGUCGGGUAACCAUUCCUUGGGUGGAAACACAAAUAGUUGGUGCUUGGAGAUACCUCCAUCGACAUGUAUUGAGGAAUUAGAGCUGACAAAGUGUAACAUGGACCUUGGUGAUUUCACUUGUCUCAUUUCUCUGAUUGGUUCAUUGCGGAGACAUAUUCAAUGCUUCUUGGAUGUUCAGGGAAUUCCAAGUUUUCUUGUCAUAACGAGGUUAAGUACUGGUGGUGUGCGGCUGGACCUCAGAAAGUGCUGCCUGUCUAAAAUCAUACUGGUUGAUGUUUUGAAAGCAAUAAGUAACAAAGAUGAUAUUGUUGAAUUGGCACUUGGUAUGAAUGAAGGACUCAGUGGUUCUGCAAUAGUUUGGUCAAAAUAUAUAACAGAUCUGAUGAAACUCCAGCAUGUAGACUUACGAGGUUGUAAUGUUUUAAGUAGAGACAUUGAAGCACUCGCUACGUCGUUGAGUGUAGUUGUUGAACUGAACCUUUCAGAGAAUGAUGCCUUGGGUGGUUGCGCAGAAGAGUGGGCUGGUCAUUUGGCGCAAUUACAACACUUAAAGAAGCUUCACUUGAGCAAAUGCUCAUUGAGAAGCCGAGAUGUUAAGCAUAUUUUUGAUAUAUGCUCGCUUGUUGAAUUGGAUCUUUCUAUCAAUGGUCUUCUUUUUAAUACAAGAGAACUUUGGGUUUAUUUGAAACACAUGGAACAACUUCAGAAUCUUGACUUAAGUUGGUGUUCACUGAUAACUGAAGACGCCGAGUACAUUGCAGAGACACUGAGUUGUAUGCCGAAUUUGAUACGGUUGAACCUCUCUGGUAAUUGUGCACUUACAUCAUUGGAUUCUUUGUUCACAAAGCUUCAUUCAGAUUCACACAAUGUGUUUGUAAGGAAAUUCAUUGACAAGUGAAAACAAGAACUUUCCCAAAUGCGUCACUGAGCAAAAUAGAUGUUUUUUCAAGUUUGAGUAUCUUGAUAACUGCAACAAGUAAAGUGCAAAAAGUAAAUACUGACAUGUUUAACACGUAACGCAUCAUUUUAAGGCAGUGGACACUAUACCCUACUCAGAAGAAUUAUUAGCUUAAAACGAGUAAUGG